AUGGAAGUAAAGGUGGAGGCGGCCACCGCCGCCGGCCUCUGCCUCAGCGCCGAGUUGUGCGUGGUGUGUGGCGACCGUGCCUCCGGGCGGCACUACGGCGCCGUCAGCUGCGAGGGUUGCAAGGGUUUCUUCAAACGCUCCAUUCGCAAGCAGCUUGGCUAUCAAUGUCGCGGCGCAAAGAACUGCGAGGUCACCAAGCAUCAUCGAAACCGCUGUCAGUACUGCCGCCUACAGAAAUGCCUCGCUUGUGGCAUGCGCACCGAUUCAGUCCAACAUGAAAGGAAACCAAUUGUGGACAAGAAGGAAUUCUCGCCUGCACGUCCAUCUGCGUACAGUCCAGGCCUAUCUAGAAUAUUUUUCCGAAAAGAUCUUACUGUUGAACCACCCCAACAUCAACCACCACCAAUGACCACCAAUAGUGAUCUCAAUUUUAGCUCACUCCUUACUAAAUUGAAUGUUCAUCUACCAGAGAUACACCACAUGUCUCCUAGCCAAGCAAGCAUAGAAGAUGAGGCAUCCCUAGAUGAUGGAGACAAUGCAGACCUGACUGAAGCCCUAUCAGCAGCCAGAGAUAAACAGUUGAUAGCUCUAGCUUUAGAUACAAUGGCGCGCGUGCAAUGUUUAGACUCGCCUUCACAUGAAGCUCCCAUACCUAGAAUGCCUGCAGUGGAUGAUAAUGGACCACUGCUGCAUGACUAUCACAUGCGUUUUCAAGUGCAAAUACCCGGACCAGUUCCAGCUUAUCUCAAUGCGCAUUAUGUCUGUGAGAGUGGAUCUAGGUUACUUUUCACUUCUGUGCAUUGGGCUGCUAGUAUUCCAGCAUUUCAAUCAUUAAGUGUUGAAAUACAAGUUUCUUUGAUAAGAAACUGUUGGAGUGACUUGUUUGCUCUGGGUCUUGCACAAACAUCACGUUCGCUUCCGCUGUCGAUGAUUUUAGCUGCCCUGGUGGCGCACCUUCAUGGAUCUAUUGCGCAGGAUCGUCUUCCGGCGACCCGUGUUAAACUCCUGGCUGAACACCUUGUGCGUUUACAAGAUUUCGUUGCUAGCAUGCAACGUCUGCAUGUUGAUGACAAUGAAUAUGCUUACCUAAAGGCACUGGUUGUAUUCUCCGCCGAUGCCGUUGAAGGUAGACUUGAAAGAUUGCAGGAGAGAGCAGUCCAAGGUUUAAGAGCCCACUUAUCACGUAAAUGCGAUGAUGGUGAGCGUUUCUCCAAGUUGUUGCUACGCCUACCGCCAUUGCGUGCGUUCGAAGCGCAGGUUAUCGAAGAACUCUUCUUUUCGGCACAGUUAGGCCCAGUGCAGAUUGAAAGUGUGGUGCCUUAUAUUUUACGGAUGUCGCCAACAGGCGCGCAUUCUGCUCGGCAAGUGAAGACCGAGCAACAAGUGGAGUUUAAUUGAUGACGCUCCUAUUUUGACCCAAGUUGUACUUAAACUUAAAGUCUUUGUAUUCCUAGUCUGCUCCCAAACCCACAGAUAUUUGAAUUUCACACGCGUUUCACAUUUCCCAGUUUGUGUCUGGAUCUUUUCUUGUUUAGUUAGGUUUGUGUAUUUUUAUGUUAAAGAGUAUUGCAAUGUAUUUAUAUGUGAUUAAUGAUGUAGAACUAAGUGUAUAUUGCAGGUGAAUGCGAUAUAUGCAAAUAAAUUAAUAAAAAUCCUAUUUUAUAAAA